AAAACCAUUUCCUCUUUCGUUACAGUGAUCUAGUGAAGGGAGCGUGACUGCUGCUUCUUCCGCACCUGCGCCUACUUCCUGUGUGUGUGUGUCACUUUUCGACUGGCUGUGAUAGCGUCUUCUGUUUGUGAUGUCUGGUGUCGCUCGCGGGACUAGAUAUUAAACAAGUACCCCUCCAAAAAAUAGUCCGUUUUCGUUCUUGAUUAUUUCAAAGAAUCUCCCCCUCAAAAAAAGUAAAGGAAUCGGACAAUAGAACAACUGACACACAGACACGUGGAUUCCCUCUAAAAGUACCCACCUAAUCGUCCUCUACAAGACACCGUUCUCAUAUCUACCUUCCUUCAAGACACCAACAAGUCGCCAUCAUGUUUGGAAUGCUGAAUCCCGUCAGUGCGGUGACCAGCCAGUUACCCGGAGGCGGUGACGGCGGGGACGAAGGAGACAAGGAAAAGGAGGAAGAGGCAGAGAGAGAACGCCUGGAAGCCAUUCGCGAGGCCGAGGAGAGACGUAAGGAGAAGCACAGGAAGCUGGAGGAGGAGAGAGAGGGCAUGCGACAAGGGAUCCGAGACAAGUACAACAUCAAAAAGAAGGAGGAGAUCGUACCCGAGGAGCCUGCCAUGCCUGACAACCCGCUUAUGAGGAAGAAGAAGACGCCAGAGGAACUUGCAGCUGAAGCCGAGGCCGAAGAUCAGGACGAAUUCACGAAGUUGAAAAACACCAUAGAAACACAAAUUAACGAAGUGAAACAGCAAAUAGAAGAAAAAGUGUCCACAGCAACUGAUGGCAAGUGUAUCCUACAGUAAGCCUGUGGAGGUGACCCUGUGGGUGCUCCCGCCGCUAUGCAAAAUGAUAGGCCUACAAGUGUCUCCUCUCUAGGGCGACCAACCACCACUCCUCCCCCACACCUCUGGCUACGGUACCCCCGUCUAUCCCUCUGGGUUUAUGGCUCGCCGUGUGGAACCAUCUGCAGCAGACACCAAGGGAACCGUUUUCGUCUUUUAUUUUUAUUGUUAUUUUUCCAGCUGAUGUCUAAAACGCAGGAAUUCGUGCGGUCAUGUGUAUGUGUUCGUGUGCGUGCCUCGAUAUGGGUCCGAAAAUAAAAUAUGGUCCUGUAGGGAAGCAUGAGAAAGGUUUUCGAAAUGAAAAAAGACCAAAGAAAAAAUAAAAAUGAUCAUAAGGUCCUUCUGGAUUUACAUCUUCGCCGGGAUGGACGCGGGUUAUAAUACUCUCCUCUCUACAGUUGACUAUUUUUUUUUCUUUCUUUUUUUUUUCUUUUUUUUUUUAAAGCGAUUGGUACCUGCACCAGCACAUACGUCGCUGGCGAAUCAAUGAUGGAAGCAAACCAGUAUCCCAGACGGUUUUAACGUUUCCACUAAAUUUGCUAUGCUAAUCAGUAUCUAGAAUGCACAAAUAAGGAAAAGAAUUUUUACUAUAUGUUACAGCAAAUGUUGAAAUUUUUUGAAUAGCAUUAAAACUAGGAUUACUGAUUCGCGAAAAAAAAUUGGAUUUUUUCUUUUUUCGCGCGUCUCGACUGCCUUCAGAAUGGAAAUUAUGUUUAUACAGUGUGAUCCUUCAUUAGCUAGGAGGUGAUUUUGUAUAUAGAAUCCACUUUCUUAUAAGUGCUACCAGCUGUUCCCACGAGACCGUUAAGAAUAUGUACCCUUUUGCAUAUAGUGAAUUUUGCAGCUCACUCAGUGGGUCGCGAAAUGGUGAAAGAUGUCAACUUUGUAAGCUGAUCUGUUUCCCUCCUGAUUGAUUUGCUUUUUAGGCCUUUUUCAUGUCAGCAUCUGCUAUUAACUGAACGAUUUUAUGCAAAAGAAAGAAUUACAAAACCAAAUCGUCCAGCUUAGUACUUUCUGAAGAAAAAAAAUAUAUACUAAAAAUUCCCAAAGAAGAAACGUAAAUAAAAAAUAAAAUCUUAAAUCAGCUUUCAAAAAAUAUAUAUAAAAAUAUAAAAAAUAAACAGACAGCAUCCCCUAUCCAGAAUUAAAAAAUAAACAAAGUCUACAUCUUUUAUCAACAUAUAUUUGUCAUUGUUUAUUUGGUAAUGGAAAUAAAAAAAAUAUAUAAUCUAUAUAAAGCGUAAAGAUGCGUGGAUUGUUAGAUAUCGUGUCCCUCUUGGCCCCAGAGGGCGGGACAGACGCAACCGGGCCAGUUUCUCAGUUCCAAGUUGUUACCAAGGUGUAACCCAACGUAAUCGUCGAUCAUCGAAAGCUCUUGUUUGUCUAGCUUAUUUAUUACAGUGUGUUUAUCGAAGUUGAGGUUACGUUGUAUUUAUGAAAUUAUAAGGAUACGUCUAAGGUCAGGUCAUUUUGACUUCAUGUAGAAGCAUCUCUCUCUCUCUCUAGCUUUUGCCUAGAUUUUUUUGUCUCUGUCAUCGCUGGAUUUUGGUCGGAUUUUUCUCAUGAUUGGUCAAAAUAGGUCUGUUUCAUUUUUCCGUUUUUCGUUAUCGGUAUUUGUUGGUCACUUUCCUUCCAGGACGUUCCGAGGGUAUGAUACCUUUGUUCCGUGUUUGCAAUGCACUUUACUGAUGAUGAUUAUGGCUGUAUUAAUUAAUAUAGAUUUGUGGAAAAUGUGGUGCAUAAUUGGAAAAAAAAAUAUCAUUGUUAUUAUUAUUAUUAUUAUUUUUAUUAUUAUUAUUAUUAUUAUUAUCAUAUAUUAUUGGUGAUUAAUAUUAUCAUAUUCUCAAGGUAAGCAUCACUUUCAUAAUUAGCAUUGUAAUUACUGUUGUUAUCAUCGUUAAAACUGUUUGGUUUCAUUCUCAUUCAAUGUUAACUGUUUGUGAAUCAUUAAAAUUCUUGUUGUACUCAUUAAAAAUUAUUGCAUAUAUGCAAUGUUAUCGUUUUUGUUUGACGUAAUACAGACUAACGCAUUUAAGUCAUGUUAAUUAAAGCUUUAAAGUAUAUUCAAAUUGUUACUGAACUUCAAAAGGAAAAAAAUAUAUGUAAUUUUAAUCGGCCAUUCUGGUAAUCAGUCCUCUGUUGUUGUCAGGUGUAUUGCAAUCCAUUUGUGUCUGUGAGAAAAUACAAAAAUCUUUCCUUUGUCUUUCUUUUGUAUAAUGUUCAAAGACGAUUAUUGUGCAUUUUCUUGUUUGAAUCAUGUAUAUGUUGUGUAAAUAAAAAGUGUAACCUACGAUAACCGGCAACCCGAGUCUCGCUUGGCAGAACAGGUGCCAACACAGGUUUUUAAGUCGUAUUUCAUAGAUCGAGUGAACUGUCAUUGACGAGAAGCGAUGUAUUGUGCUUUUUAAAAGAAGAAUGCUUAAAGAGAAUUCAGCAUUAUAGAUUUAAACCAUACUGACUAUAUCUACGUCUUUUCUAGUAUUUCUCUGAGACUUUCCAAAAAAUACUCUUUCUACAUAUGUACGUAUUUAUGCGUAUGUAUAUAUGUAUAUAAUAUAUAUAUGUAUGUAAUAUAUAUAUAUAUAUAUAUAUAUAUAUAUAUAUAUAUAUAUAUAUAUAUAUAACCAUAUCAAAUUUUCGUGGCUUUGAUAUCCAAGCUAAUCAGCAACCUGAAUACCAAAACAUUAUAUAUUAUGACGUAAUAUCCGAGGCUAUAUCGCGAUAAAAAAGGCCCAUACAAGUUCAUCUUAAAACUAAUAACUGUGAUGGUUAAACGAGAUGCAAAAGCGACAAAAAAAAAAUAAAUAAAUAGCCAUUAUGAUAUAGGAAAAUCUGUCUUUGUAUAGAGUUAUUAAGCAGAUUCUUUCGGUUGAUGUAAAUGUUGAUAACACGGCACUGCAAGCUGCCCGACUCCGUAUUUCAGGAGUUCCAGUGUUUUGUGUAUCCUUCCCUUUAGCUUCGUCGGACUUGGACACCGUGUAGUGUGACAAGGACAAAAAAAGCAAUGCAUGUAUAUGUACAUAAUAUAGUUAAACAAAAGAAAUGACCUUUAGACUAAUUUUUUUUCAUACGAACUCGUUCAUGAGGUUAUGUAAGCCCGUUGUGGCUAUAGAUGUAUUUUGAAUGGAUUAGAAGCCACGUGAACAAAUAAAAAAAGCAGCCCUCACAUUUUUUAAAUAUUCUGUAAGUCAAGUUUUCCCUAAACAAAUAUAUAUAUUCAACCAGGGGAAGAUGUGAUUUACGGGAGACUUUCAAGUAGUGUUUGAUAUAGUGCACACAAGCCGUGCUGUUGUAGUGUAUGAUACUCAUGUUUACAGGCCCAAGGCGCGCACCCACGGGCCGGCGUUCCCUCGCUGUGCGCUGACUGGACCUGCGCAGCGAGGCAUGAACGCAUGCGCUCUGGGUCACAGAGCCUGGUGGCCGCAGACUGUACCCGAAUCCCGAAUCGAGACUAAGCGUAGGAGAGUCAAAGGUAGCAAGACUGGCUGUCCUCGAGCCAAGGUUCCUCUCACUCGCACUGCACUGUCAGUUAGAGAUUUCACGUUCUGUCGAGACAGUUCGACCGUCACUUAAAAAAAAUGUUUUGUAAAAUAACGACGAUACUUCAACUGGGCCUUUUUUUAUUUACGAUAUGCCUUGUCUCACCUGGUCAAUCGAGUCAACGCUGGGAAACUUUUUCUCCCGCUUUUAGUGUAUUUCGAACAAGUAUUAUGCAUGUUUAACAAAAUUAGAAGUAAUGGUUAAAUGGGGCUCUGAGAAAAAACAAAUCUAUAUUCUUCCUCAUUAAAUAUCGCUAUACAUUUUCUCCAUCAGUAGAGGUUCAAAUUUAUAGCAAAAUGCUGUCUUGUGUAUAUCAAUCCUGCUGGCGUCCCUCUGACUGGGCAAUCGCUUUUUUUAUCGUAAACUUUCAAGUAAAAAUUCAUGAGCCAGAUGCAGAAGCAGACUCAUAAAACCUGUGGAUAUCCUGUCCUGUGUAAGAGAGAGUAUAAAUUUGUAGACUUUUUGCUUACUGACGCCAGAAUCAUACCCGUUUCCUUUAAUCUAGACAAGUUGUUCUGAACCUUGUUGUUAACUACCGUUGUUGUUGAUUUGAUAGGCUACUCGUCAGUUAUGAUUGUUAGUCACUAUAAUCCGGUAGGAACUUCACGACGCUCUCUGUAUCUCUUCAGCAGGCUCUGGCAAGGGGACCUGAAUGGUGGCUGCGACCUCCUUGCAAAAAAUAAAAAUAAAAACAAAUCUUUGUUAAUUAUACAAAAUAAGAAUAAAAUUAAUGAAUAUGUCAAUAACUGUGAAAAAUAUCAGUGGUUUCGAUGUAAGUUUGUAAAUUCCUUUAGGUAUCUAAAUCUCGUGGAGAAGCAAGUGAUGAGGACUAUUUUGUUAGCGUAACCCAUCCUCUCUUCUGGAGCCUGCUGUACUAUUCCCUUGGUCCUUGGCAAGCCAAUCAGAAGGCUCGUGGAACUGAGUUAAGGAAAAUCGCUUUUCUGAUUGGCUGUUAAUGUCACUUGAGUAUAAGAACGGUGUGUCCAGGGCGAAUGUUCUUACCUGAUUUAUAAAUAUGUAUGUACAUGUUUUGUGGACUGUAUUGUCUUAGGAUCGAAACAAUGAUAUUAUUGAUGAUCAGUUGAUGAUAAGCUUGAUGAUAACGAACCUUAGCUGUAAACAUGGCGCUAACUUUGUGACGGGGAUCACCUUUUUCGGAACUCAAUCGGGAGCCUCACACGAGUAAACUUGCCACCACAACGUAAAUACGAGUUUUUUGAUGUGGAAGUCACGUUUCCUCCUGAAGUUGGUGGUAUAGAAGUCAUAUUUCCAAGCGGUUUGGCAUGAGCGCCGCAUAACAUAAUGUUAGGUGCCUGUUAACUUGACGUGGUUGGACCGGAAUCCUGUACAAGAUGACAUAACGAGACGAUUGAAUUUUUUGUGUGCGAGUUAAAAGAACUUUGACUUCUCUACACCUUAUCAGUGAGGCGUUUCCCCCCCUCCCGAACCGAACCAGCCUUGAGUGAAAGAAAUGUUCUCGCGGAUUCUUCCUCGCCAUUAUAAGGUCACGUGAAUCAGUUCUUGUACUAAUAUCGUCUCGUUUGUUUUUUUGAGGUUACCGCCCACCUCGCCAGACUUUUGAACGGAGCCCCAAUAGGAAAAGAAACAUCAGAUGAAUAGCCACGACGCCGACUUAAAUGUUCAUUCUUAGCCAGCACUAGUCUUUCACUGCUAACACAGUCUCAUAUCACAAGAUCGAAGUGUUGAGGUUCGUCUAGAACUGCAGGAGUGAAUUUUAUUUAUUCAGAAUAUUAAUAAUUAAUAAAUUAAUUAUUUGCAAACUAGCUGGAAUGGGCAAAAUUUUCACCUCUUACCUUUGUUUCCAUCACGAGCAUUGGUUUCUCGCAUCUGAACUACAAACUUUGACUCAAACCUGAACACCACUUCUCGUAUCUCAUUCAUUUCUAUAUAUGAACUGUAAAACGACCGUAGAUUUUUUUUCCGGAAAAUUUGCCCAGGAGAGUAGUGUGAACUAGCCGACUAUGCACCGCUAUUUCUCGAUAUCCGCAUAGGUUCAUAUUCUCCUUUUAGAAAGAUCUUGUAUCUAUUAUUAUCCUGUCAGUGUUGUACGUGUGUAUCGUGAACAUGAAGUACAUAGGCCUCCGUCUUCGUCCGGUAACGUGACGUCACCGCUGCAGCAUUCUGAUGUCAUGGACUAUGUGACGUCUCAUGUGACGUCACCAUUUGACACUACAAUGCCAUAUCACUUUUGGAUGUUUUCUUUCAUGUUGCUCUUGCACUUUCCCCUCCGCGCCUCUUGCGUGUGACGUCAACUCGCUCCAGCGAUGUGGACACGCUGCUGUAGGGAGACCUGGGCCAAAAUUAUAUACUGAAGCGUUAUCAAUAAAUCCGUAUAUAAGAUUAGGAAGUUCAUAGAGAAUGUGAAUGGGGAAGCCCGUUGGAAUGAGUUAUUAGUUAGUUUAUACAAACCAAACCCCCGAAAAAAGUUUAAAAGAAGCCUUGUUGUCUCUUUAUCUUUUAAUUUCUAUUCUUUUCUUACUUUUGUGUCUCCAUUUUUUAGUUAUGUUUUAGAACGUACAUGCAGUAUCUCUCUUAGGGAAUUUUCACCAAGCUUUCCCCUUUCACUCCCUUACUCUCGAGUUUACCAAUGCUAAACAUUAGUUAAUAGGUAUUACUAGUAUCAAAGUGUGAUCUGUGGGUUUAUAGCAUCGUGGUAUGUCAAUUAGGCAGUUUUCUUUCCCUUGUCCUUCAAAAAAAGAAGAAAGCUAAAUGCAAUGACAUGGUAACCAAAUAAAAUAAAAAGAGAAAAUGGAAAAAUCAAAGAGCAACUCUCGUGUUUCUUUUUCAUUCGAUCGGUGGACAUUUUCCUGAUUUUUCUUUUCUUUUCGUGGACAGAAUCGCGUUAUUAUUGAUUUAGUAUGUUUUUCCUGGUUAUCAAAAGAUCCUCUUCGUCACAAACGCGUCGGUGGUCAUGAUUUGUAAGGGUGAUUGUAAUGGAUAACAAAAUUACCCUUCGUUUUGAUGAGAUGACUGUGCAGUGUUCCCUUCCCUCGAACACUGUUAACGUUUUUUAUGUAGGAUCCCUUGUCUCGCCUCAUAGAAAAGUUGUAGGCCAACAACUCACAAUAUGUUCCGUAGUGUCGUUAAUACAUGUUGAUUUUUUAUAGUAAAUAUGCGGUUUCGCAAACUGAUCAGAGUGACUUUUAAACUUUUUAGAUAUAUCAUAACAGAAGUGUUUGUAGUGGUAACAAGAGAUGUAAAUCAUAAGUAUGUCCAUAGAAUUGUCUAAGUAUACCCUACAAAAUAUCCAAAGCAAGCCACCUUCGCCCAUUUUCUGUAACAAUUUUCACACACGAGGAAAUAAAAUAAUAAAAAAAAUACAAGAACAUAAUAUUAUAGGCAUGAGUUUUUAUCAUUGUUAUGGGUAGAGGAGAGUAUUCUUUAGGUAGCUUUACCGAUGUUAAAAAUACCUGUGAUGUGGAAAGUUACUUGGUAAUUUAACCUUGUUUAUUUUAAGCCCGCUGAGACGGAGCAAACCCUGCCACUCCCUUUACAGUCACACUAUUGUAAUAAAUAAGAUACAGAAGUA